AGUCUAGCUCACAUGUUGCUAUGUUCAUACACCGGUUGCUAAGCACAGUUCUCACGUCGUGUGCCAUUACAGUCGAAACUUUCGCUGUUAUUAGUCUCUUUAGCAAAAGAUAAGAGGAUGAAAGUGGUCGCGUUAAUAAGUGGGGGCAAAGACAGUUGCUACAACAUGAUGCAGUGUGUCUCUGCUGGGCACCGGAUCGUAGCUCUGGCCAACCUCCGCCCUGCUAACACAGAUGAGUUGGACAGCUACAUGUACCAGACAGUGGGCCACCAGGCCAUAGAGCUGUACGCUGAAGCCAUGGAUCUGCCCCUGUAUAGACGCACCAUCCAGGGCUCGAGCCUCGACACCAGCAGAAACUACAAAGUAACAGAGGGGGAUGAGGUGGAGGACCUGUAUGAGCUGCUGCGCCUCGUCAAGGAAAAGGAGGGUGUCGAGGCGGUGUCUGUGGGGGCCAUUCUCUCCGAUUACCAGAGAGUCCGUGUGGAAAAUGUAUGUUUGCGGCUAGGUUUGCAGCCUCUGGCCUACCUGUGGCGCCGAGACCAAGAGUCCCUGCUCCCCGAGAUGAUAUCAUCUGACCUCCAUGCUAUCCUCAUCAAAGUCGCCGCCUUUGGCCUGGAUCCAGAGAAGCACUUAGGAAAACCUCUGGCUGACAUGGAGCCCCAUCUGAAACAGCUCUCCCAGAAGUAUGGAGUUCAUAUUUGUGGAGAAGGAGGUGAAUAUGAAACCUUCACCCUUGAUUGCCCCCUCUUCAGAAAGAAGAUUGUUAUUGAUGCAGCGGAGACGGUGAUCCACUCGGCAGAUGCCUUUGCUCCAGUUGGCUACCUGCGCUUCACCGAGAUGCACACUGAGAACAAAGACGCUGAUGUGGUGGCGGGAGCUUUGCCCCAUGGUAGUUGUCCUUGCCAGAGCGCCAUUGACAAGAUGACUGAGGAGGUGGAAUAUGCUGAUCAAGCUCAAGACAACCAGCAAGAAUUUACAUCAAAUUGUGACCUUAGUUGUCAGCGGGGCCACGAUCUCCCUCCACCCUGCUCAUCAAGAAGCUCAAGAGGCUAUCAGUGGAUCUCUGGCAUCAAUGGCCUUCAGAGCAACGAUCCUGGGAUCCAAGGCCAGACAUCGGCAGCUUUCACACAGCUGCAAAGUGAGUUGGACAGCAGAGGGUGGAAGAUGAAGGACAUCAUCCUGGUCCAUCUUUACGUGAGGUCCAUGGAAGACUUUGCUCCACUCAAUGCAGUCUAUAAGAAACACUUUGGCAUAAACCCUCCAGCCAGGGUGUGUGUUCAGGCUCCUCUACCUGCCGGUCAGCUGCUACAGAUGGACUGCCUGCUCCAUGACUGGACCGAGCCUCUGGAGGAAGGCUGCUUCCACCAGAGGGAAGCCCUGCAUGUCCAGAGCCUGUCCCACUGGGCCCCAGCCAACAUCGGACCCUACAGUCAGGCCCUCAGGGUUGAUGAGUCAGUUUUCUGCGCAGGCCAAAUUGCUUUGGUCCCUUGUACCAUGCAGCUGGUGAAGGCUGGCACCAGGACGCAGGCCCAUUUGUCCUUCAGCUAUGUGAAGAAAGUUCUGGAGGCUGUGAUCAGCAGCCUGACUCUAGCUCAUGUUGUCCAGGCCCACUGCUACGCCACAAGACACCAGGACAUCCCCAUCAUCAGGGCCAUGUGGGAGAGCAUGCUGCGGGCUGCAGAGGAAGAGAAGGACUUGUUGUGGGAGCGGGAGAACAAACCUGCACCAUUAUUGGUCGCCGUGGUACCUGCCUUACCCAAGGGUGCAGCUGUUGAGCUUCAUGUAACUGCAAUUCAGGAUGAUCCCACCAAAAGGACUUCCUGUCACGUGACUUCAAAGGUGGCGUGCGGAUCCAUAGAGUGCUUCACUGUAAUGUCUGCUGACAUGUGUAGUGCUUCACUUUCACUUGCCCUGGCCGUGCCUGGUGAUAACCUGGAGGUCAACGGGGUGAAGGACGUAACAGAGGCAGUUGGCGCUACAUUCAAGAAAGCCAUGAAGACGAUGGAUGCUGAGCUGGUGCCACUGUGUGCCAGGGUGUUCUACAAGUGCAACCACUCAGUGGCACAGCACAUUGUUAAAGGACUUGAAGAAAGUUUGACAAGCUCUCUCGGAGAGUCCAGUCCAUCCAUGGCCCUGGUUCCAGUCCUGGACUUGCCUGACUCCCAGAUCCUCCACCUGUCCUGCUGGCUCAGUUUAUAGAACCGCAGCCAGAGUCAACAACCGGACUCCAGUCAUCCACGGCACUGGAAUUCAGUGGGGCUUUUCUAGAGGAGCGACUCUUGACAGCCCGACACCUAAUGACUUACAACAGGACAUCAGUGAAUGUGGAAAAUAAAAGCUGCAUAACUGCUCAUUAAUGUUGACUGUUUAUCACCCCUGAUUGUUGAAAUGCAAAGCUUUGUCUGUCUCCAAGUGCUUUUGAUGAUGUGCAGUUUUGAGGAUGUGUUUAUUCCACUUCAUAUCCCAGACCUUAGGCCAAUAAUUCACUUAGUCCUCCACUGGAGUUGUAUACUGCAGCAGCUGUUAUUCUGCCUUGAAGAGGAGCCGUCUAUAACCUAACGCUGCAUACCAGUAGACUGGAGACCGUAGUCUACAAAAGGACACACCGGCAGUGUCUCAUUCCACGAGGCGAUAAACUGUAUCCCCUGAUAUCCCACUGUUUGAGGUGGAAUUUCUCUCACCACGUUAGCUAACACCCCUCAUAAAGGCCUCGCGCCACCACUGACACCAUCUGUUCAGUUGUAAACCUAUAGAUUUACUGUGUGACUGGUUUGUGGCAGUGUGUAAUGUGUGCGCACGCGGUGACCGUGUUUGUCCCUCUCAUGCUCCAUGGGAUUCAAGGUGUGUUAUUAUUGUGUAAUAGGCAAUCAGUGCCGAGCACCUGAAAAGAUUAAGCCUCUUUAUGUUUUCUAUUGAUUCUAAGGCAACCUGGUUAAUAGGAGAGGGACACUACAACGCACAGCUGCGGGGCAGGUGUGUGUUCUGUGUGCUUGUGUGUGUGUGUGUGUGUGUGUGUGUGUGUGUGUGUGUGUGUGUGUGUGUUGGGGCUGUCAAUGGAUAUUGUGACAAUGUGGGAAGAAAAUAGCACUAUUAACCAUUGCUCCUGGAACAUUUCUUUUCUCAAAGAUCAUGAACUGUAUUGAUGAUCUGAGCUGGAAUGCGUCUUCACUCCGGCUAUUCUCUUCAUCGCGCUCGUGAUGGCGGGAGAACGGAGUGGGCUAUUGAUCUUCACCCACUGCAGUGUUGUUUUGAUUGUUGUUAUCAAAAAUUGAACAAUAGAGGCAGCCAAUAGAGCCUGAAGAUUUUUAUUGAGGGUUGAAAAACACAAACAAGCAAUUAUUUAUGAGAGUGAGCAAGCCAAUGCCCCAUAAAUAUACAGUGUGUGUUAAUGUUCGCCUGUUUGGUUUUAAAGGGCCACAUCAGGGGGAGACUGAGAAGUUUGUGAACUGAUGCCAUUGCCACAAACGCACUAAGAUAUGGGUAUUUUUUUUCAUGAAGUACUUUUAAUAUGUACUCAUACACCUGAGUACAUUUCAUCCACAAAUAUUUGAUUGUUUUAAUGUUUUCAAUAAAUGCAGCUGUUUAACAGCCACAGAUUUUGCAAUGACACAAAUAACCAAAGAAAACAUUCUUCAAAAAAUGUAAUCCCUGUCAAUUUUCUUGCUCCCUUUAACUUUCUGCGUGUGUAUGCCAAGCAAGGUCUUGCCUAACACGACUGUGUUGACUAUGCAUGAUCGACAGUCUUCCCUGAUAAACAGUGGUUUAUGGGAAUGAUUGAGAAUUUUGUUCUGUUCGAAUUAAGCAAUUAAAAUGAAAAACAACACACAGCAGUCCAUGAAAAUGUAUUUCAAUUAUAUAUAAGGCACUAGAUUGAAAGAAACAGUGUGCGAGAUUAAGGGGGAUUUAGUGGCAUCUAGUGGUGAGAAUUGCAGAUGGCAAGCAGCUGAAACUUCUCUCGGUUAGAAUUCCUUUAUUGUUUAUUAUUUCAGAGGUUUUUACCGGGAGCCGAAGUAUCUGCAGAGGUCUCUUCCUCUCCAAAACAAAUGGGGGUGGUGAUUUAAACUGGUGAAAACACUGAAUAAAGCUAUUUCACGUCACAAAUCAGUGUUUCUCUGGUGCUGUUUGGCUUUGCAGAUGGGCCGCUAAUGUAGUACCUGCUAAUAUGUGCUCACCUUUUUUCUCUGAUAACUUAAGAUCCAGAUGUUAAGGAGGUUUUUACCGGGAGCUGAAUUAUCUACAAAGGUCUCCUCCUCUCCAAAUGAAAUGGACCUGAUGAUUUAAACCGGUAAAAACACUGAAUAAAGCAGUUUCAUGUCACAAAUCAGUGUUUCUCCGAGAUGGGCUGCUAGCUUAUUACCUGCUCAUAUGAGCUCACUUUUUUUCUCUGAUAACUUAAGAUCCAGAUGUUUAGGAGGUUUUUACCGGAAGCUGAAUUAUCCACAAUGGUCUCCUCCUCUCCAGAAGAAAUGGACCAGAUGAUUUAAACCGGUAAAAACACUGAAUAAAGCAGUUUCAUGUCACAAAUAAGUGUUUCUCCGUUGCUGUUUGGCAUAUCGGAGUCGAGACACUAGCCCAGUACCUGCCAAUGUGUUCUCACCUUUUUUUUCUGGUAACUUAAGAUCCAGAUGUUCAGGACGUUUUUACUGGGAGCAGAAUUAUCCGCAGAGGUCUCUUCCACUCCAAAACAAAUGGAGGUGGUGAUUUAAAGUGGUAAAACACUGUAUCAAGCUGUUUCCUGUUACAAAUCCGUAUGGGCCACUAGCCAAGCAUCUGCUAAUGUGUUCUCAUCUUUUUAUCUACUAACUAUAAAUUUUUACUGGGAGCAAAAUUAUCCACAGACAUCUCUUUAUCUUCAAAAUAAAUGGACGCUAGGAUUUAAACUGGUAAAAACACUGAAUAAAGCAGUGUCUUGUAGAAAAAAACCUGCUUUUCUUACAUUGCUAAUUGCAGAGGGACUGCUGACUACGGUUCAGACACAAAAACGUGAAUGUCUAUCUUGAGCAAUUAUUUGGUUUGUCUAUUCUUGGCUACUCUAGAAACGUGGCGGUGCAACAUGGUGGACUCCAUGGAUGAGGAACCGCUCACUAUGUAGAUAUAAAUGGCUCGUUCUAAGGUAACGAAAACACGAUUCUCAUUUUCAGGUGAUUAUACACUUGAGAAAAACAUACAUGUAUACUUAUUAUAUAUCAUUUCUGCCAAUACAUCCACCUAAAUCUACACACUGGACCUUUAAUUUUAUUAUUAAAAUGCCACAUUUACCAGAUAUAUAUGUAUUGGGUUUUGAAUCCAUGUGCUUUUUUCUCUGGUGGAACAGUUGUUAAAUUUCAAGGGUUUUAUGUGUCACAGAACACAGAAAUAUAAGUCUUUCAGUAAACAUAGAGGAGCUCCGCCACUAAAAUUCAGCACACGACAACCACUUGUCGAUCACGCUGUAAACAUUACAUUCUGUCUUUCAGCGGGCAUGUUUUCAUACAGGCUCAGGCAAAGCCACAAGCAUAUCAUCACACCCUCAUCAUAGCCAACGUGAUGGCCUUUGGCAGACACAUUUCUUUGUGUCUUUACCGCUGUGUUUUCUCACAAAAUGAAUAAAGACAGGGUGA